AGCGGCUGGCAUUCCAGUAAAGGAAAGGGUGAAAGUAUCUCAGAACUGGAGGCAUGGACGCUGCCGGAGGGAGACGGUCCUGAAAUGGAAAUGCAAUUUGAUGCCCUGGUUGGAGCUGGAUGGCGAGUAUCUCUACCUGUCUCAAGCAGAGAACAUCCAGGCCUACCGGCUCUGUCCGGAGGGUACAGGUUUGCAGCGUCACCCUCAAGCUAUCUUCUCUGGACACCAGGAGGACGUAUGUCGCUUUGUUCUUGGCAACUCCCACAUUGUCAGUGGAGGGGGAGAUGGAAAUAUUGUCCUUCACAAGAUCCACGGGUCCUACAGUGUCAAGUUCUCUGCACAUGAACAGGAGGUGAACUGUGUGGAUUUCCAAGGUGGCAUCAUUGUCAGCGGCUCCCGGGACAGAACAGCAAAGGUUUGGUCCCUGUCCGCAGGCAGAGUUGGGCAGUGUCUACAUACAGUGCAGACAGAGGAUCGAGUGUGGUCCAUUGCUAUCAGCCCAUUAUUAAG